ACAGGUUGUGAGACUACCUGCAUGGAAUGGCUAAAUUUGUUACAAUCGUCUUGUUCCUAAUAGUGAUUGGUGUAACAGCGUACAUCUACCUGAACUUUGAAUCAGUGAACUUCAUCUCAGAUGAGCCUGUGCCGUUAUCACCAAAUCCAUCAAACCGAGUGGUAGCAGGUUCUCGCUAUUCCAACAAUAUUGACAUUGAUAAUAAAUUUUGGUUUACAGAGGACAGCACGCGUAGUGUCUCUGAAAUGCAAUGGACUCAAGGGACUGAGGGAUAUAAAGACACUGCUAUUCAGACGUUACUAGACCUCAAUAAAGUGUAUGAAGAGACUAUACCUGUUGGAGAAACAGCAUCACUCACUGUUGACUACGGACAUACACUGGAAGAGUACCCUCCAGUUCCAACUCAAGCUUGGGUUCGGCAGAACAUAUUGAACGUGAUGAAGUUUCUCAAUUUGUCCUUGCCUGAAAAAACCAACUGGUGGCGAGCUGAUUACAUAACCCUUCUAAAAUCGUACUACUCACCAACAGCAGAUGUCAUUUACACUGGUAUUCCUAAAUCUGGGUGCACUAAUUGGAAAUUCACCCUUCUCAAAAUGGAAGAUAUGUACCCAGAUGACAAACCGAGUCCCAAAGUUCAUUAUAUCAUCAACAAACUUAACUUGGCUAAUAGUGUAUACAAAUACAAUCGCAAAGCUCUAAAUACUAAAUAUUCUUUCACAGUUCUCAGAAAUCCAUGGACUCGUAUGGCGUCAGGGUAUAACGACAAGUUUAGUUCAAGUAGGUCAGAGAAAUGGCAAAAGGGAAAAGUCGCCCUGCAGAUUUUGAAGAAAUAUCGUGAUAGUAACAUUUCUUUGGGCGAAGUCCUAGGAGGAGGAGAAAGGCCAACCUUUUUGGAAUUUCUGAAUCACAUUGCAUAUGAUGAUUUGGCUGACAUAAAUGCUCAUUUUCGUCCACAGUACACCAUGCUCGACUUAACUAUUAUAUCUUACGACUUCGUGGGAACUUUGGAGCAUGCUAAGGAACAAGCUAAAGAGAUCUUUACACACUUGAAAGGGAUUUCAGGCAAUCACAUAUCAGUCCCUGGUCCUUAUGAUUCGUCAAGUGACCCACGAACUGAACGAUCUACACUUUUUGCAAAAGAACAAUUUAAAAUUGUCCCUAAGAAGCUGUUGGAUGUGAUAUAUAAAAAGUAUAAACCAGAUUUCAUGUUAUACAACUACAGCAAUUUUACUGACCCACUUUUUCCAUUUCCGUUAUAUUACAGUUAGUUUUAUGUUUAUGUCUGCCAAUAUCUGACAAAAUAACUCGAUUUUAUGAUAUUCUUCAGCCUUAAACGUAAGGUCGUAAUGACUAGUUGUACUGCCAAACACUGUUUAUAGAGGCACAUUUAAAAUAGACAACGUGUCUAAAAAACUAUUAAUAACUGGGUUCCGACUUCUGAGAAAACCGCCCUAUUUGCCUCAUAAUACACUAAGAGUAUUAUGUUUUCAGAGUACAUGAUAUAACAAUAGAAAUUGUUACUCCUUACCAGUAACCAGAUUUGUACAGUACACACCAAAAGCUUCAAAUACUGUAAGGGUUUUUAGUCAGAUCAUGGCCAUAUCAUGAUAAUAUUAUUUGAAUUUCACGUUUAUAAAAUAAUGGACUGAUUUAUAUGUUUUUACUAUUGUAACAGGUGGGUGGUGUAUGAAAUAUGUUAAUUGACUACACACACUUUACCACACUUUACCACAUUAAUAUUUUGGAAACUUAAAAUUAAGUGUUAUGUAAUGGUUGGAGAGAAACGCACGGAUAUUGAAUUUCCUUACAAAGACACAAUAAACAUUUAACAUGCUUCAUGCUUGAUUGUUAAGUUAGCUCGCCACGUGUUCAGAUAUUGUAUGUGAUAUUGUAUGUGAUCUGUUGAACAAAUUUAAUUCACGUCUGCAACCGAAUGUGUGUAAAUCGGUCGAAAGUUAGAGACUUGAAAACUGGACUGGUUUUAAAUCACCAUAUAAUUAGCAAAUACUCCUGGGAAUUCUUUCUUCUUUUUAAAACAGUUGUUAGCAAAAACGUGUAAGACGAGUAAAGUGCAUGAUUUUAUGAAAAUGUUAUGAAAAUGUAGUACGCAGUUUUGAAGUAUUCGACCAUUCGUUUUCCACAGAAAAGUAAACAUCUGAUUGUUAUUUUUAUCUGAAAAAACGCACAACACUGCCCAUAUUUCACAACUGUUUGUUUUAUAUUAUUAUCUAGUUAUAAUCACAUUAUGUACUGUACUGUCCUAUACUGUAUGGUACACAAUAUAUAAUAUAUUCAUUAUAACAUGUAGCCUACAUGGUAUUAGCCUACAUUGUAGUCUGGGUUAAGUGUACACAGUAACUUGAAAUAUUAUGCGGUGAAUAAAAAGAAACACACAAUAUGGUAAUUGUUGUAGUACUAGUAAACACAGUAAUUAUAUCCGCGUCUGUGUCUGGAGGCUCUACUGUUUAUUAGCUCCCCAGACACAGUGUUUUAUUAGCCCUACAACAUAAUACAACAUACUUAAAUAUAUAUAUAACCAUUGUCACAGCUCAUUUAGUCAGCUAGCUGUAGAUAUGCACUUCGUGUGUGCUGCAUAAUGUGCAUUGCUUACUGUGCAGUAGAGCCUGUAUUUACAUUGUCAAGUCAUUAAAAUGGUUUGAAUUACAACGCAGUAAAAGCUGACUGCUUUGGGACAUGUACCAGUGGUAUGGAAUAAUAUACCUGACUAUGCUUGAAAUACCUGAAUGUUUUGUCGGGAUUGCAUGCUAAUUGCAUGCUAAUUUCUUUUUAAUUACUACUUUUCACUUGUAACUUUAUCCAGUAUAAGAGUCUGGAACUCUCAAAAUACGGGACAUUUAAUCAAUAUUCUUGGUUUCAAUUUAAUCUAUAUUUUGCUAUACUUUUUCUAUUUCUAGCUACAAUGCUACAUUUUUAAUCAAUGUAUAAAGUUCACUUCACUCACAAAAAGCCACUAUUAAUUUUUCUUACUGGAAUCUGAUUGAAAUUUUAUGUAAUACUUUCUGAAAUAUCAGUAUCAACGUUUUAUACUUCAAUUCCUGUUAUAUAAUUAUAAUGCUGAAAGUUUGUAAUUUCGUUGUGUUUCACUGCUUUCAUUAUAAUAUGUAUAAA